CUAGUGCAUCACACCUAGCCAGCUUCCUAUAUAUAGCAUAUUUCCCAUACUCCCAUAGGCCUAUUUGUAGCCACGCCACGCACGCACUUGUUCUUCUACCUCCAUAUCGUAUCCUGCCUAGUUGACGCCAUGAAGCUAGCUGCUGCCUGCAACUCGAUGGCGGUGACGGCGAAGCCGGCGAGGGGCGGGAAGAGGACAAGGGCGAGCAGUGGCGCAGCAGGGGCGACAGCGACAACGGCGGUACUUACGGAGAAGAAGGACUCAGAGAAGGAGAGGAGGCAGCGCAUGAAUGGGCUUUGCGAUAAGCUCGCGUCCCUCAUCCCCAAAGAACACAACCCCCACGCAGAUACGAUGACCCAGCUAGGCAGCCUGGAUGUGGCAGCAUCAUACAUCAAGAUGCUCAAGGAGAGGGUUGAUGAGCUUCAACAUAAGAAGACCUCUGCGCAGGCCAUGGCUACCUUACAAGGAGUUAGUGGCAUCUCGAUCCCCUCUACCACGAGUAGCGGUGCUGGGUCACCGGAAAGGGAAAAAUAUUUGGAAGCAUCGGCACCGGUAGUGCAGGUGCGGCGAACUGAUGAUUCAAGCAUGGAGGUGAGGAUGAUAUGCAGCACAGAGAAGCCGAUCAAGCUCCAUGAGGUGAUCACCAUCCUGGAGGAAGAAGGGGCCGACAUUAUCAACGCCAAUCACUCCGUUGUUGGCCACAAAAUAUUUUACACUAUACACUUCCGGGCCUUCAGCAACAGAAUUGGCAUAGAUGAUUCAAGAAUUUCUGGACGACUAGGUGCAUUGGUUUGAUAGUAACUCGAUUUGUACACACACAAUAAUAUACCACAGAACUGUAUAAAAUAAACACCCCACAGAUGGUACAUGAUCUUAAUUUAUUAAUUCGCUACGAA